GGGUGUGCUUCAAAACACGAUGGUCAUGAGUCUCAGAAAUGAGGUCGAUACCCUGCCCAUCUCUCGGCCUGCUAUUCACGCUCAAUGAAUAUUCUAGUGCCCGACAAUUGUGCACAGAAAUGCACCAGACCAGAUAUCGCAUGCAGAAACCAAUUUCUUGCAACAUUUUUGGAGAAACAUCGCUUUUACGAAGACAAGGAACUGAAAAUGUACCCACAGCCGACACGGCUUGGGGAAUGUGGGAAUACAACCCAAGCUAAUACCAACCUAGCAAAUUGCUAGGCGUGGAAAAGAUCCGUGGCAUUAUUCUCGAGAAUGUGUCGUUGCUUGUACACAGAGUGCCUCAUUCGGGGUGUUCUGUCUUGGGGGGGAACACAAGUUAAGAGUUAUAGACAUUAAUGGCAUGUUAAAUAGCAUCGACAUAAAGCAUAUUGGUUCGCGAGGGGGAGCUGUGGAGCAAGGGGACCUUUCUUUGCUGGAUGAUGGUGUGGUGGCCGUGGACGAGGCAGGAGACACGGGUGAUUGAAGGGGUUCGUAAUUGAUGUGAGAGGAAGGCGUCUUUUCUUGUGUGUUUGCUGGAUCAGUAUAGUUUAUCGCUUGUCGAUGAGCCAGUGAAAGACGUUUCGUGGUUGGAGCGGGU